AUAGCUGCUAUACAAAUUUACUAUCUAAGAAUUAAUGUUGUGAUGACGCAAAAUUAUUCAGUUUCAUUUUUGAUUUUCAACAUGGUUAAAAAUUGAAGAUAAAUUAUUAUUUGCUGUUAAUUUUAUGAUUUAUUAAUUUUAAAUAAUUAUUUUUCCAACAAAAAAUGCCGGGUAAAGUUUAUAUUGAAAACCAUCUAGAAGAUUAUUUAAAGACUUUGACUGAAGAAAAAGCUUAUAUUCCUGGAUUAAUCAUUGGUCAGGUGAUAGGUGAUACUUAUCAUGUAGUUCAUUUAACAACUAUAACUACAUGGAAUGAAAAUAAAAAAAAAAAUGUAUUAAACAUUUUAAAAUAUACUUCUUUGUUGAAAAUGACAGAAAAUUUUUAUGCUGUGAUUGAUAGAGCAUCAGAAGUGAUAAAUUUAUUGCCAGGAGGAUCUUAUGUAUUAGGAUUAUUUUUCAUUUUACCACAAGAUCUUAAUGGAAUUCAGCCAGUUUCAGUUGAUUUUUCUGAAUUAGAUAAUGUUUUAAAUGAAUUUGUGUUAUUUAAAAAUAAGAGUGAAACAUGGAAAUAUCUAUUACUUAACUUCUCUACUGUUAAUAAAAAAUCAUAUUGUUACACUGUUGAUAUAAAUAAUUCCAAUAAUGCAAAAUCGAUGACAUACAAGUCUAUAGAUGUGUCCUUUCAAUCUAGUGAAACAGAAUGGAUUAAUUUUGUUGGAACUUUUAAUUUUGGUACACUAGAUUCAUUAAAUGUUACUGGGGGACUCAAAGUGUUGUCUUCUAUAAGAGAGAAUCUAUUAGAUCAACUAGAAUCAAUACUAGAAAGAUGUGUGUUUACUUUCAAUGGAAAAAUUUAUGAUAAAAAAACAACUUUGACAAAUUUGCUUUGUGAAACAUCUGAUAAUUCAUUAAAAAAUGUUGUUCAUGUUGAACUUUUUAAAGAAAUUGAAUCUGGAGAUGAUAGUAAAAAUGCUUCUAUAAAAAUUAUUAGAGGUAAAGGAAAAAUUGUGAUGUCAGGUUUAUGUAGUUUAGCUGUACCAUUUCAUAAAAGUGGAUUUAUCGAGGAUGCUACAAAAGCUAUUCAUCAAGAUGCAAUUCGUACAUUUGCAACACGUUUAAGAAUGCAUUUGGAAUCAUUUGUUGAAGAAGAAUCUGAAGAAGAAGAAGAAAUUAUAAAUGUUGUACAUGAAACACCUCGAAGAAUAUUGAUACUAAAAACUGAAGGCUGUAAAUUUGCAUUUAGUGAUUAUGUUUUUCCUGGAGAAAUUCCUCAAGAAGCUUUCAAUACUGCUGGAGAAAUAUUAAAUCUACCAGAAGAUAAAAUGGAAUUGUAUACUGCUUUAGAAAAAGGACGAACCAAUUAUGAAUCUUCGGAUAUUGAUGAUUCACAACAAGACAUCAAAAAUUCUAUGGCUGGUGUAACACCUAACAGCAAUUCCCUUUUUUUUUUUAUUUGGGCUACAAUAAUAUUUGCAAUAAUUUCAUUUAUUGUUAAACAAUUAUAUAUUUAAAAUAAAUGUUAUCUCAAUACUAAUAAAUUUACAUUCCUAAUAUUUUUUUAAAAACAAUAAUAAUAUAAAUAAUAACUAUCUUAUGUUAGCUAUUUAAUUGUAUAACUUGUUUCAUUAAAAUAUUUUAUUUUAUUUGUA